CAUUCUUCAAUGGGAUGUUCAAAAAUGUGGAAAGUGUGGCUGAAAUUUUUGACUGCCUAGGCUCCCACUUCACCUGGCUGCAUGCUGUCUUCACCAACUUCCCUCUGCUGCUCCAGUUUGUGAACAGUAUGAGAUGUGUGACUGGCCUCUGUCCCAGGGACUUUGAAGACUAUGGCUGUGCCUGCAGGUUUGAGAUGGAAGGGCUGCCUGUGGAUGAGUCCGACAGCUGCUGCUUCCAGCAUCGCAGGUGCUAUGAGGAGGCUGUUGAGAUGGACUGUCUCCAGGACCCUGCCAAGCUCAGUGCAGAUGUGGAUUGCAUCAACAAACAGAUCACAUGUGAGUCCGAGGAACCAUGUGAACGCCUACUGUGUACCUGUGACAAGGCUGCUGUUGAAUGUUUGGCUCAGUCUGGCAUCAAUUCUUCCCUGAACUUUCUGGAUGCUUCCUUCUGCCUGGCUCAGACUCCAGAAACAACCAGUGACAAGGCUCCAGUGACACUGCUGCCUAGAGGGGUUCCUGACAAGCCCACAGACACCAGUCAGAUAGCCCUGUCAGGAGAAGCAGCUGGUGAGACGAGGGCAGACAGACAAACAACAUUCUCCAGGACAAAGUCUGUCCGAGAUCUGGAAGAUGUAGAAGCUGCUAGGACUACAUCAAGUCCAGGAUCUGCAGAGAUUGAUGCCAUUGCUAAAGGUGCGACCCAUGUCUCUGCUGGCACGAAACCACUGAGGUUGGAAGUAUCAUCUGUUGACAAUGGGUCUCAAGAGACAACUGGAAAAGCCUGUGACAGAUUAGCCUUCCUGCAUCUGAGUGAUGGCGAUAAUGUGCAGGCCAUGCUGCAGCUUGGAGAGAUGCUCUUCUGUCUAACAUCCCACUGCCCAGAGGAAUUUGAAUCUUAUGGCUGUUACUGUGGAAGAGAAGGAAGAGGAGAGCCAAGGGACACCCUGGAUAGGUGCUGCUCGUCCCAUCACUGCUGUUUGGAGCAGGUGAGACAGCUGGGCUGCCUGCCUGGGAGGCGUUCUCGGUCAUCUGUGGUAUGUGAAGAUCACACACCCAAGUGUGUGGGGCAGAGCCUGUGUGAGAAGCUACUAUGUGCCUGUGACCAGACAGCAGCCGAGUGUAUGGGCUCUGCCUUCUUUAACCAAAGCCUCAAGUUACCAGACGCACCCGAGUGCCAAGGCAAGCCCAUAUCCUGUGAGGAUGGCAUGCUCGGGGGGAACUUGGCCUCUUCUGUGGGCUCCAGCUCUGAGGAGAACAGUGAGGAAGCCACACCCCAGAUGGAACACCUAAGAAGAUUUCUGGAGAAGCCUCCUGGUCCAUCAGGGACCAGGCCCCUCAGUGGAAGAUGA